CUUUUCAGUUUUACUGAUAAAAAGAAUUUCUGAAAUUGAUUUUUUAUAUUUCAGAGGAUUUUUUAAUAAUAAUAUCGGUGACCUGUUAUGUGACAGUUUUAAUUUUGAGUAAGUACACAACAGAAAACCACAAGAUCCACGUAUCCACGUACGCUCGGACUAAAGGAGACCGUCUUUAAAGUUAGAUAGAAUCGGGUGUCGGUUGCCUCCACAAUGAUCGCAUCGGGACAGCAGACUGCCAUCGGGCGUUUAAAUGGUGAACUUCUGCAGGGAAUGGCUGGAAAAUUUGUUAGUAUUAUUGGAACCGUUGAACAGGUGGAUCAAUCUGGAAGAAAUUUUAAGCUACGCAGCACUGAUAACCAGCUGAUCACCGUGCGCAUGAGAGAACCGUUAAAUGAAGCGAUUCAAGGACUUAUUGAAGUGGAUGGGCAAGUUGGAGGUUUCAACAGCAUUGACUGUCAUCGCUAUGUUCUGUUCGAGAACUUUGCCAUUGAUGCGCCCUCGCUUUCGCAAAAUUUCGAUCCAGAAACCUAUAACGUUGCCGUCAAAAUUGCGGCAGGACAUCCAAAUCAUUUUAAAGUCUUCGAGUAGAGCUGCGGGAUCUGCUAAGCACGCCAGUGCAUACGGAUUUCGCGAAUCUUAUUGUCAAAAAUGUCAUGUUUAGCACUGAUCUUCCAGUGAAUUUCUUACCGACAGAAUCAUUAUUGCUGCACUGCAUGCGAUCCGUUCCUAAGUUUUGCUUCAGAUGCUUUUACACUGCUGCGUUUAUUCCAGUAUUUCUGUAUUAUUGUUUUUUAUGCUUGAAUCUUUUUUUUGGGAACUAGCCUCCCCUCUUUCCAUACCGCAUAUUUAGGUUUAAACCUUGCGAUUCACUGCUGCCUGCAGGUGUUUAAUGCGCUGAAUUCCACCAGUACGAGAAAAAAUCCUGCACAAAGCACACCAGAGUAUUUUCCAGCAACAAAU